CAGGAGCGGAGUCCAGGUGCUGCUCGCUGUCAGUUUGCUGUAUCUCAUUUGCUUCAGACACACUCACUAAACAAUGACCCAUCUGACAGGAAAACACAAGUUUGGGGAUGUGAGUUUGAGCCAGAUCCUGAAAGAAAAGGUUUGUUUGGUCACUGUGACUUAAAAUACGUCCACAUCUUCAGCUGUUUAUAUCUUUCAUAGCCACAGUCAAACCUCCUGAAGACCACCACUCAUAUAAUGUCAAUGAAAUGGCAUUGAUUGACUUGCUAGUUGCUUACAAGAGUUGGACUUUUUGAAGGGUAUCCACUAUACUGGGAACAGGCCUAGGUCCAACACAACUUUUUGGUCAGAAGUAAUUUGUUUUGUUACAGUCUCUGAGUUGAAGUACAUGAUUAUACCAUAAGAUUAUGUCCUCACAUUCACAGUGUUAAAUUAAGAGUCAUUGACUGUCUUCAUAUCUUGCUCUGGAGAGAAUGGUUAGAGAAUAGAGCCGAAUACAUGUGUCAGUACUUCUUAGUUAGUGUAACAAAGUUGCCAGUGCAUGCAGGUAUUUGAAGUCCUUUGGUUUCAACAUGUGAUACGUCAAACUUGCAAAUCUCUUUGUCAAACUUUUUGGAAAAUCUAAAAUUGAACUUUGAACUUUUAAAUAACUAGAUUUUCAAUGUUUAAAUAACAGUACUUAGAGGUAGCACAACCACGCAGUGGUUAUUCAUCUACCAUUACUGGUCCAAUCGAUAUUUUGUUGAAAGAGGAUAAACUAAGGUUCCAGGAGUAAAACGUCUUGAGAGCAAGGCCGAAAAUGAAUGAUAAACUCAACCAAGAUAUGACACUGCUUUGGGUUUAAAAUCCUGGCCACAUUGGUGAGAGGCGCGUGCUCCCACCAUUGCACUCUUGCUCUUGUUUAAUGCAAAACUGACAUGCACAUUUUUUCAGCUUUCAACAGUCUCAUGGGUCAACCCAGAAAAUCUCCUUCUUUUGACUGUCUGGAAUUGAGUUGUAAGCUUCAAGACUAGAAACUCCAGUUUGGGCCUAAGAACACACAAAUGAAAUAGCAAAAUAGUUUUUGAAUGUUGCAAAAUGAUGACUCAGUACGCCUUCAUGCUUUAUACUAAUGCAGUACUGCUUUACAGUACUGCAGGUCAGCAAAUAACAAGAUUUUUCUGGAGGGAUGUAAAUUAUGUCUGACCAUACCUUUUCAGUUAGACAAACAGAAAAAUUGUCAGACAUAUUGCACAGUGUAUAUCAACUUUUCAUUUCUUUAAUUUAUUACUGUGCAAAUCUUAAGCUGCGAAGUGAUAGUGUAUUUUGCCUUCACUAACCAGAAAGACACCCACAAAAAAGUAGAUACAGGGGCCUGUAGGUCAGAAAGGACCUCAAACAUAAUAUAUGUCCAACUAUUGUUUGCAGCGCUGGUAUUGUUACUUCUGACUUAUCUCUGUGAUGUUAUUAGGUUACACAACAACAACAUGUGCAACUUGUGGAGGGGACUCUGUUUGCUUUGUUGACUGCAGCACUGGACGUGUCAUGAAGAAAUACAAGCAACCAGGAGAGACAUUUUACUGUUUAGCAUGGACAACUGUGUGUUUGGAUGCUGACUCGGAUAAUAAACAUAAUGCCAACCUUAUAGCUGCUGGUGGAUUGCAAUGUGACAUUAAAAUAAUAGAACCCAAUCAGUUAGUUUGCUUUGAGGAAAUUCAAGGUCACAAGGGACUGUUAGAAUGUUUGGUUUUUCAUCCACUUCACCCUACGUGGCUUCUUAGUGCGGCUGAUGAUAAUACCAUCAUGGUUUGGGAAAUUGGAUUGCCUAAAGGAGCUGAAUAUCAAGGAAAAUCAAAGUAAGUACUUGUACACUCCUAUGAAUGGCGAAAAUUCGGGGCUCGUCUACACUGGUGUAUCGUAUUUAAACAUUUGAAAUGACUCAUACUUAACUGCUAAAAACUGAGGUUUGCGUUUUUUGAAAUUUGGAAAGAUUGUUUAUACAAAAUAAGGAUUUAAAGUGGACUCUUUCAAAACGAAAGUAUGCAGGAAAAGCCAAGUUUUAUCAAGAAAUGCUGACUAGUAAGGUAGCUAGUGCAUGGCCUGCUCAUUAACAAGACAAUAAAUUUACAUGUGAAGUGAAAAACAACUUGUUGAAGAAUGGUACAAGAACAAAAACAUGUCACCAGAUUUGCGUUUUUGAUGGUAACAGCUCAAAAACACAAUACAGCAUAAGACGUGUUUUCAACGCAAAAUUGAAUGAUUUGAAAAAUGUGUUAAGUACUGAAUUCCACAAUUUCUUUCCAGAGUUAUACAAUGUAGAUAUGACAAAGAGGGGACAGUACAUCUCCACUUACAAAUAAUAAUCAUUAUAUAUUGUAAACAAGAGUGGAUGUUAGCAUAAAAGGCACAUCUCUUGACAACGGAUGAUGAGGGAGGCAAGGCCAGUAGAUUGAUAUCACAACCACCAAGGUCUUAACAGAUAUUACAUAUUAGUUGCAAUUGGUUUGUUGGGCUGCUUGGGGUUGAAUCCCAUAUUGACAACCUCUUAAAUGGGAGGCCUGUGCUUUACCAACUUAACUAACUGGGUGGCAACAACCUUUUACCAUAAUAUGUCAAAUAGUAUUUGAUAUUUUCAGUUGUAGAUUUCAGCUGAGGAACGUUCCUUUCUUAACACAUAAUGUAGGCAAAUUAAGAGAUUUUUUAAAAAAAUGCGUAGUCCCAGGGUUGUUUUUAAAAGUAGUCAUGCUAAGCACCCACAAGGUCACCUACAAAGCGAACUUAACUGUGGAAAUUGCUUCAGUUGAAACUUUUAUAUGGCUUUGGCCCUGCCUUCAAAUUUCACUUUCUGUUCUAAGGUAAUUAGGCAAGAUAAUUUCUUAUUGCCUGAGUAGUGGUCUUAAUUUUUUCAAUCGCUGUUCCAUUCUUGGGAUCACACAUGCCCAAGUAAAACCUCUCCUAACCUUAUAAUUAUUGUUUAUGUCCUUUAGACUGUUGUUGACUUUGAAGUCUCGCUCAAUAGUGCGGUUAUUUUCCAUCCCUCCCCAUGGAAAGGUUGUGGUUGGUGGAUGUGACGAUGGCUGUUAUAUCUGGAAACUGUAUGAUGGCUCAUCUGACAAAAGUGACAAAAACAGCAAAAUAAGGUUAGCUUAUAUAUCUGAUGACUUCAAAGAGGACAUCAGAUGUCACAUCUGGUGUUUGACUAAGAGUCUGACAGGGCCAGUGCUUGAUCUUAACUUUUUAUAUCUUCUUUCCUGGGACUAGCUACAUGUACAUGUAAGCUGAAAGUUUAAAUUUGUGGUGCAUCUGUGGUUGUCCUUCCAGACUGCCGCAUGCCAAUAUUGAAUUUCAAUACUUACCGGUAUUUAUGACUAAUGUCAGCCUUGUGCUAAUGUGAGAUAUAAACUAGCAGUAGCCAAGAGUUAGGAAGUGCAAGCAAACAUGUGCACUUACCUCAUGGGGUGCGAUUGAUGUUGAGACCUGCUUUCAUAACUGUGUACGUAAAUAAAAGAGCCCCAUUUGAUAGUUCCAGUAUCAACAGAAGGAAUCGCAGCAGAUCAUGAACGUGGAAAUUGUAUUGAACAACACAGUAAACAAGACUUAUUGAAUUCAACUAUUUUAUUCACAAUUGCUUGGGUAUAGGUAACCUUGCGAUCGAUGAGGAGCAACUGAGGAGAGAUGGCUGUAUUCGUGGGAAAAUAUACUAAUACGUAUCUGACAGUGCUUAAAGUGAAAUGAAAACAGCACGAAUUGUUAUUAAUCGGUGUUCAGUGACCAAAAGUCAUUUAGAUGCAACAGUGAAAGAUGAAGAAGCUUAGUUUAAAACUUAUUGAAGUGUCAGAUACCAAGCAACGUAACAUCCUUAAAAACACACAAAAUAUAAAACAACUGUAGUGUGAUCUGAAUUAACUUAACUUUCAUGGAUUUAUAGGCUGUGCAAUCACUUGUAUCUUACCAAGACUUGUCCCACACUAAGCUGAAAUCAGGCUCUGCUUUCGUUUUACUUGGUAAAUAGAUUUGAUGCAGUACGUGUAUACCUGACUUACGCUGACUAUGUGUUUUCAAAGCAAACAAAUAUUGCUGCAUAUCCUUUGUAACAUUACCGCCCUUUCUCGACUUCUCAGCAUGCAGCAAGAAAUUCAGCAUCAGCACCUUGGAAAAUGCUGAUAGUGUAAUCGUGUAUUAAUUUUUGUAUUUAUGUUAGCACAGACCUUGCACUCAACACCAGAGCAUUUGCAGCCACAUACCAUGCAUAUUAGUUGGUACAACAAGGGAAUCCCAGGAAUGUGGACAGAUUUUGGAAAAACCUCAUUAUACAUUCUAGAAAGUACUGCUGACCAAUAGUCUGUGGGUUCCUCUUGUUGCCAGCAAAAAUACUUGAGCAGUGUUUUUCUUCGGUAUCUAGACAUCAGUUUCCAAGUGUCUGGGUGUUGGAUAAAACAAAGCAUAUAUUUUGAUUAUUGCUUCUAAAAUGAUCAGUUAAUAUUAUUCUUAAAUACAUUUUAGAGCGAAUGUUUGCAAAAUUUGUUUCAUAUUCUAUAAUACAUGUGUCAGUACUUCUUAGUUAGUGUAACAAAGUUGCCAGUGCAUGCAGGUAUUUGAAGUCCUUUGGUUUCAACAUGUGAUACGUCAAACUUGCAAAUCUCUUUGUCAAACUUUUUGGAAAAUCUAAAAUUGAACUUUGAACUUUUAAAUAACUAGAUUUUCAAUGUUUAAAUAACAGUACUUAGAGGUAGCACAACCACGCAGUGGUUAUUCAUCUACCAUUACUGGUCCAAUCGAUAUUUUGUUGAAAGAGGAUAAACUAAGGUUCCAGGAGUAAAACGUCUUGAGAGCAAGGCCGAAAAUGAAUGAUAAACUCAACCAAGAUAUGACACUGCUUUGGGUUUAAAAUCCUGGCCACAUUGGUGAGAGGCGCGUGCUCCCACCAUUGCACUCUUGCUCUUGUUUAAUGCAAAACUGACAUGCACAUUUUUUCAGCUUUCAACAGUCUCAUGGGUCAACCCAGAAAAUCUCCUUCUUUUGACUGUCUGGAAUUGAGUUGUAAGCUUCAAGACUAGAAACUCCAGUUUGGGCCUAAGAACACACAAAUGAAAUAGCAAAAUAGUUUUUGAAUGUUGCAAAAUGAUGACUCAGUACGCCUUCAUGCUUUAUACUAAUGCAGUACUGCUUUACAGUACUGCAGGUCAGCAAAUAACAAGAUUUUUCUGGAGGGAUGUAAAUUAUGUCUGACCAUACCUUUUCAGUUAGACAAACAGAAAAAUUGUCAGACAUAUUGCACAGUGUAUAUCAACUUUUCAUUUCUUUAAUUUAUUACUGUGCAAAUCUUAAGCUGCGAAGUGAUAGUGUAUUUUGCCUUCACUAACCAGAAAGACACCCACAAAAAAGUAGAUACAGGGGCCUGUAGGUCAGAAAGGACCUCAAACAUAAUAUAUGUCCAACUAUUGUUUGCAGCGCUGGUAUUGUUACUUCUGACUUAUCUCUGUGAUGUUAUUAGGUUACACAACAACAACAUGUGCAACUUGUGGAGGGGACUCUGUUUGCUUUGUUGACUGCAGCACUGGACGUGUCAUGAAGAAAUACAAGCAACCAGGAGAGACAUUUUACUGUUUAGCAUGGACAACUGUGUGUUUGGAUGCUGACUCGGAUAAUAAACAUAAUGCCAACCUUAUAGCUGCUGGUGGAUUGCAAUGUGACAUUAAAAUAAUAGAACCCAAUCAGUUAGUUUGCUUUGAGGAAAUUCAAGGUCACAAGGGACUGUUAGAAUGUUUGGUUUUUCAUCCACUUCACCCUACGUGGCUUCUUAGUGCGGCUGAUGAUAAUACCAUCAUGGUUUGGGAAAUUGGAUUGCCUAAAGGAGCUGAAUAUCAAGGAAAAUCAAAGUAAGUACUUGUACACUCCUAUGAAUGGCGAAAAUUCGGGGCUCGUCUACACUGGUGUAUCGUAUUUAAACAUUUGAAAUGACUCAUACUUAACUGCUAAAAACUGAGGUUUGCGUUUUUUGAAAUUUGGAAAGAUUGUUUAUACAAAAUAAGGAUUUAAAGUGGACUCUUUCAAAACGAAAGUAUGCAGGAAAAGCCAAGUUUUAUCAAGAAAUGCUGACUAGUAAGGUAGCUAGUGCAUGGCCUGCUCAUUAACAAGACAAUAAAUUUACAUGUGAAGUGAAAAACAACUUGUUGAAGAAUGGUACAAGAACAAAAACAUGUCACCAGAUUUGCGUUUUUGAUGGUAACAGCUCAAAAACACAAUACAGCAUAAGACGUGUUUUCAACGCAAAAUUGAAUGAUUUGAAAAAUGUGUUAAGUACUGAAUUCCACAAUUUCUUUCCAGAGUUAUACAAUGUAGAUAUGACAAAGAGGGGACAGUACAUCUCCACUUACAAAUAAUAAUCAUUAUAUAUUGUAAACAAGAGUGGAUGUUAGCAUAAAAGGCACAUCUCUUGACAACGGAUGAUGAGGGAGGCAAGGCCAGUAGAUUGAUAUCACAACCACCAAGGUCUUAACAGAUAUUACAUAUUAGUUGCAAUUGGUUUGUUGGGCUGCUUGGGGUUGAAUCCCAUAUUGACAACCUCUUAAAUGGGAGGCCUGUGCUUUACCAACUUAACUAACUGGGUGGCAACAACCUUUUACCAUAAUAUGUCAAAUAGUAUUUGAUAUUUUCAGUUGUAGAUUUCAGCUGAGGAACGUUCCUUUCUUAACACAUAAUGUAGGCAAAUUAAGAGAUUUUUUAAAAAAAUGCGUAGUCCCAGGGUUGUUUUUAAAAGUAGUCAUGCUAAGCACCCACAAGGUCACCUACAAAGCGAACUUAACUGUGGAAAUUGCUUCAGUUGAAACUUUUAUAUGGCUUUGGCCCUGCCUUCAAAUUUCACUUUCUGUUCUAAGGUAAUUAGGCAAGAUAAUUUCUUAUUGCCUGAGUAGUGGUCUUAAUUUUUUCAAUCGCUGUUCCAUUCUUGGGAUCACACAUGCCCAAGUAAAACCUCUCCUAACCUUAUAAUUAUUGUUUAUGUCCUUUAGACUGUUGUUGACUUUGAAGUCUCGCUCAAUAGUGCGGUUAUUUUCCAUCCCUCCCCAUGGAAAGGUUGUGGUUGGUGGAUGUGACGAUGGCUGUUAUAUCUGGAAACUGUAUGAUGGCUCAUCUGACAAAAGUGACAAAAACAGCAAAAUAAGGUUAGCUUAUAUAUCUGAUGACUUCAAAGAGGACAUCAGAUGUCACAUCUGGUGUUUGACUAAGAGUCUGACAGGGCCAGUGCUUGAUCUUAACUUUUUAUAUCUUCUUUCCUGGGACUAGCUACAUGUACAUGUAAGCUGAAAGUUUAAAUUUGUGGUGCAUCUGUGGUUGUCCUUCCAGACUGCCGCAUGCCAAUAUUGAAUUUCAAUACUUACCGGUAUUUAUGACUAAUGUCAGCCUUGUGCUAAUGUGAGAUAUAAACUAGCAGUAGCCAAGAGUUAGGAAGUGCAAGCAAACAUGUGCACUUACCUCAUGGGGUGCGAUUGAUGUUGAGACCUGCUUUCAUAACUGUGUACGUAAAUAAAAGAGCCCCAUUUGAUAGUUCCAGUAUCAACAGAAGGAAUCGCAGCAGAUCAUGAACGUGGAAAUUGUAUUGAACAACACAGUAAACAAGACUUAUUGAAUUCAACUAUUUUAUUCACAAUUGCUUGGGUAUAGGUAACCUUGCGAUCGAUGAGGAGCAACUGAGGAGAGAUGGCUGUAUUCGUGGGAAAAUAUACUAAUACGUAUCUGACAGUGCUUAAAGUGAAAUGAAAACAGCACGAAUUGUUAUUAAUCGGUGUUCAGUGACCAAAAGUCAUUUAGAUGCAACAGUGAAAGAUGAAGAAGCUUAGUUUAAAACUUAUUGAAGUGUCAGAUACCAAGCAACGUAACAUCCUUAAAAACACACAAAAUAUAAAACAACUGUAGUGUGAUCUGAAUUAACUUAACUUUCAUGGAUUUAUAGGCUGUGCAAUCACUUGUAUCUUACCAAGACUUGUCCCACACUAAGCUGAAAUCAGGCUCUGCUUUCGUUUUACUUGGUAAAUAGAUUUGAUGCAGUACGUGUAUACCUGACUUACGCUGACUAUGUGUUUUCAAAGCAAACAAAUAUUGCUGCAUAUCCUUUGUAACAUUACCGCCCUUUCUCGACUUCUCAGCAUGCAGCAAGAAAUUCAGCAUCAGCACCUUGGAAAAUGCUGAUAGUGUAAUCGUGUAUUAAUUUUUGUAUUUAUGUUAGCACAGACCUUGCACUCAACACCAGAGCAUUUGCAGCCACAUACCAUGCAUAUUAGUUGGUACAACAAGGGAAUCCCAGGAAUGUGGACAGAUUUUGGAAAAACCUCAUUAUACAUUCUAGAAAGUACUGCUGACCAAUAGUCUGUGGGUUCCUCUUGUUGCCAGCAAAAAUACUUGAGCAGUGUUUUUCUUCGGUAUCUAGACAUCAGUUUCCAAGUGUCUGGGUGUUGGAUAAAACAAAGCAUAUAUUUUGAUUAUUGCUUCUAAAAUGAUCAGUUAAUAUUAUUCUUAAAUACAUUUUAGAGCGAAUGUUUGCAAAAUUUGUUUCAUAUUCUAUGUGAUUUUAAAAAUUCAUGGUAAAGAUUUCUGACUCAUUAGUAUUACGGAAUGAGUUGAAGUUGAGUUGUAUCACUAGGCCAUAGCCCUAGCAUUCACAUAGCAUGCUUUUUGCCAGAGAAUGUUUCAGUUUGAAUAGUUACCAACUUCUUUGCAGAACGCAUUUUGGAAAGUUGGAUUUUCCAGGAAAAAGGGCGAUUCCAUUAGACAGUAUAAUCUGCCUGUCUAACAACCUUAUAGGUAAGAUGGAAUUGCUUUCUUUUUACCUCCAUUUCAUCAUGAGUAGAUCAUGUAAAAAAAUAAAAAUAAAUAAUUUUCCCUAAUUUACCCCUGGCCUUGUCUAUAGCACUAAUGCUAGUGGGGCCUAGCAAAUUCCUCAAACAAGUAAUUUAAAGCAAACAUAACAUGGUUAACAAUCCAAAUUGGCCGGAGGCAAACCAGUUGCUAUUUACAAGCGUGGUCAAGGAUUUGAACUUGGGACUACCGAGAACAAAUCCAGCUAGCAGUCAGGGCGAGACUUGAACUCGGGGCCUCUGAAUUGCAAGUCCAGCACCAUGACCGCUUGGCCAUUCUGCCUCCUCAAAGCAAAGGUAAAGUAGGAAGUGAAUCAAGACAGAAAACUUAACGGAACUGUGGCAGCUAUAGAAUGAGGCUUUCCUCAUGAUAAUAUCCUUUCUAUUUAAAGAAAUGAGAGGGGGAGACCCUCUGGCCAAGGGAGUGGGUGGUUUGUCUUUGCAGGUGCCCAUCACAACAUAGACACCUACCUUUAAUACAUUUAUAGGGGCUGUGUCAAGUUUUGAAGUCUUUGGAUAAAAUCCUAUGGAGCUGCCAUUUAAAUGAAGCCUCUGCAGCAGUACUUUCACUUCGUACUAUUUACUCUGUAUGAAGUGCUGACCUUUGACUCUGAAAGAAACCCAUAAAUUAUUGUAACUAAUUAGAUGAAAUCUCUUCAGCAGUAGAAUUGCAUAGUGCUACUUGUAUUUCAGCAUAGUUUGAAAUAAAACUUGGAAAUUUGUCAUUUGACAUGAAUUAAUUUGGAUAGUUUCAGUUUGAGUGUUUCAAGUCAUUUGUUGCUGUAAAAGGGGGGCAUAUCCAACAUGGCAUAGGUACAUGUAAUGUUGUAUACCUAAGCCACACUUUCAUUUUUUCAUAAUUUCUCUGGUAAUAUUUUCUCCUUAGCCACUAAGAGAGUGGAAGAGGGUUGUAUUCAUAUCUGGUAUUCAGAAUCUGUAAUGCUUCAGGUAAGUGACAGUAUUAAAAAUAUUUCCUGUGUUUCAAUUAUUNGUUGAGUUGUAUCACUAGGCCAUAGCCCUAGCAUUCACAUAGCAUGCUUUUUGCCAGAGAAUGUUUCAGUUUGAAUAGUUACCAACUUCUUUGCAGAACGCAUUUUGGAAAGUUGGAUUUUCCAGGAAAAAGGGCGAUUCCAUUAGACAGUAUAAUCUGCCUGUCUAACAACCUUAUAGGUAAGAUGGAAUUGCUUUCUUUUUACCUCCAUUUCAUCAUGAGUAGAUCAUGUAAAAAAAUAAAAAUAAAUAAUUUUCCCUAAUUUACCCCUGGCCUUGUCUAUAGCACUAAUGCUAGUGGGGCCUAGCAAAUUCCUCAAACAAGUAAUUUAAAGCAAACAUAACAUGGUUAACAAUCCAAAUUGGCCGGAGGCAAACCAGUUGCUAUUUACAAGCGUGGUCAAGGAUUUGAACUUGGGACUACCGAGAACAAAUCCAGCUAGCAGUCAGGGCGAGACUUGAACUCGGGGCCUCUGAAUUGCAAGUCCAGCACCAUGACCGCUUGGCCAUUCUGCCUCCUCAAAGCAAAGGUAAAGUAGGAAGUGAAUCAAGACAGAAAACUUAACGGAACUGUGGCAGCUAUAGAAUGAGGCUUUCCUCAUGAUAAUAUCCUUUCUAUUUAAAGAAAUGAGAGGGGGAGACCCUCUGGCCAAGGGAGUGGGUGGUUUGUCUUUGCAGGUGCCCAUCACAACAUAGACACCUACCUUUAAUACAUUUAUAGGGGCUGUGUCAAGUUUUGAAGUCUUUGGAUAAAAUCCUAUGGAGCUGCCAUUUAAAUGAAGCCUCUGCAGCAGUACUUUCACUUCGUACUAUUUACUCUGUAUGAAGUGCUGACCUUUGACUCUGAAAGAAACCCAUAAAUUAUUGUAACUAAUUAGAUGAAAUCUCUUCAGCAGUAGAAUUGCAUAGUGCUACUUGUAUUUCAGCAUAGUUUGAAAUAAAACUUGGAAAUUUGUCAUUUGACAUGAAUUAAUUUGGAUAGUUUCAGUUUGAGUGUUUCAAGUCAUUUGUUGCUGUAAAAGGGGGGCAUAUCCAACAUGGCAUAGGUACAUGUAAUGUUGUAUACCUAAGCCACACUUUCAUUUUUUCAUAAUUUCUCUGGUAAUAUUUUCUCCUUAGCCACUAAGAGAGUGGAAGAGGGUUGUAUUCAUAUCUGGUAUUCAGAAUCUGUAAUGCUUCAGGUAAGUGACAGUAUUAAAAAUAUUUCCUGUGUUUCAAUUAUUGUAAGUACAUGACUGUGGAACCCUGGAGAACUGUUGAGACAGUUGUAAGAAAAAAAUGAUUGACUCAUCUGCCAUCAUUUUCCUUGCAAGCAUGAUGGCAUUAAAAGGAAUUUCUUUAAAACAGUUUGACUAGGGUUCGUACAGAGUUGUGAAUUCUUAAAAAAGUCUUGAAAUUUGCCCAACAAAGUCUGAAAAAUGGUAAAAAGUCUUGAGUUUUCCUUUUUACAACUUUAUAACUGAAAUUUGUUUUGUUUUUGUCAUAUCUUAUUCAAUCUCACCCUUACGUUUUGCGUGAAAAAAAACUUUGUUCCUGCAUUUUUAAGGUCUGUAUUGAUCACCUAUUUGAUAACCCUGAGUCUGGAAAAAUAAAUUAUUGUUUUGGAAAAAAGUCUUGAAUUUUGGAUCCAAAAAUGUGUACGAACCAUGUGUGACAGAAGUGACCUUUUCUUUUUCUUUUUCUAUCACAGCGUAUUAUUAUUUUUUCACAAACCAACCCACCUAUAAAAUCAACAAAAUUCUAUUAGCACGGCUUCUUAACUGAAGUUAAGAUAAAGCACUGUUUGCUGCCCAGAAGAAAACUGUUAAUAAUGCUAAGUUUGGAUUUAUUGAUUGUGGACCGUUUGUUUCAGAGUGAUUUUAGAAUUGCAUACAAACUACCAUGGAGGCUUACUGAAGUACCAUUCUUGAAAUUCAACUUUGUUUCAGGUGUGUGAACCUCUAUUCUGCUACACAGCUGUUGUUUAUGUCAUCACACAUAGCCCCUGCCACAAAGGAGUGUUGCAUGAUGACACAAAUAAUGGCUGCGCAGGAGAGCAGUGAACCUUUAAAACUGUUUAUAUUCUCAGCUCUUGAAUUUUAGUAAUACGCAAACAAUGAGCGUAAAAGAGAGAACGCUUAUCCUUAUCUGGUUAAGGUCAUCUAUGUGAUCAAAUCUAUGCAGAAGAGAGCUUUGCAUCUAAUUUGUGGAAGGGAAAGGAGUACACGGAUAGAUUAGGAGAGUUAAAAUGGGUUUCCUUAGAACAGAGGCAUAAAUAUCGAAGCCUGGUCAAAAUGUACAAGAUUUUAUUUGGGUGUUGUGACAUGGACGCCUCCAAAUUUUAUGACAUCAUAGGUCCAUCACGAACUCGUAGUAACCAUGAUUUUAAGCUAAGGCCGCAGCCCUUUUGUACUAAUAAUUAUUUUAAGCAUUCUUUUUUUAAUUGUUAUGUCAGUGAUUGGAAUUCUCCCCUGUCUAAAUAUGUUAUCUGUGAAUCUAGCCUUAACUCUUUCAAAGUCUCCUUUUAAGAUAUUUGGUCUUAAAGUCAUAUUAAUAGUCAUACCCUCUACUUACUUUAUUUUUAUCAAUUCUAAUUAUUAUUUUAUUUCUUAUGUUAUCUUGUAAAUAGAUUUAUGUUAUUAUCUUUGUAAUAUAUAAGCCUAAGGUUUUUUUUUUAAUGUGUUCAGGUUAAAGAAAGGAGAGUGGCCCUAGAAAGGGGAAUUCAGUUUCCCCUUGCUGCUAUCCCGCCAUCUUUCAGUGCAACUUUUAAUUUUUUUUAUUGUAUGGAUAGUAAAGCAUUAUCUAACUAAAACUUAAAUGUAAUCUUAAGCUGAUCUGCAGAGUGUUUAAUCACCAGACCUGAACCAAUACUCAGGGUCUUAAAAUAGCAGAGGAACAAGGUCUGACCAAUUUAGCCCUGUAAACAGAUAAACCCUUAUGUGGGUUGAAUGACCAAAGAAAUCACUGUUCUUUCUCCCACAAGAAAUAUGAAGGCAGUGUUGUUUUUAUAUUGGCUCUGACUUAUCCACUGUACCAAGUCUGUCGAAGUUAUCAGUGUGGUAAGAAAGAUAAAGGCGCACUACAAGCUAAUGUGCCUCAUACAGCAUCAUCUUAUCCCAGUGUCUGCAGUGUGACAUGCCUGGGGUUUUUUCCUACUUCCGUGUGGACAGGAUACUCUUCCUUUGGGGGGUUUUCCUCGCUGCUACCUUACCAGUUCCCACCUCAAUGUAUCCCAGAGCCUGUAGUAUCACAUGCUGAGGGAUAUUGCUACCGGUCAGUGUAAAACGCAGACUGCGGACUGCAGACUGCAGACUGCGGACCAGGGGUAAAAUGCAGACUGAGUGUAAAAUGCAGACUGCAGACUUGCGGUUUGCCGUUUCCCACGAAAAACCUGAUGCUAAAGGUCCCUAUUUUGAUUUGAAAAUUUGAUUACAGGCCCGAAACGUUACCGGGACGUUCGAGAAACUGGCCCCUGGUGACAUACCACUGAGUAGUAGUGAACUGGUAUUCUGUACAAGAGGGACUAGUGAUACUCCUGGGCAUUGCAUGCUGCAGUGGGAACUGGUGACAUACUACUGAGGGUCACCCUGCAGUAGACUAGCAUCUUACCCAGGAGCGGGGGAGUAGCAAUAUCGGUCAGUGUAAAACGCAGACUGCGGACUGCAGACUGCAGACUGCGGACCAGGGGUAAAAUGCAGACUGAGUGUAAAAUGCAGACUGCAGACUAAGAGUAAAACGCAGACUGGGGUAAAAUGCAGACCGAGCAUAAACUGUAGUCGUGGAAGGGUUUAAGGGCAAAAAAAUCACGGAAAUACCUGUAAACGAACACUUACUUGAUGACAUCUGCUUUCACAAAUCCAUUCCUUUCUUCUCUGGAACGUCGUGGACGACCCGAAAACAUAAUCGCAAUCUUGAACCUUUUUUCCAUCCGAGAGACUUCACGCUUCAAUUUUUGAUGCGAAGUUUUCGAUAUACGUGACCAGGGACCGUGAACUGGUACAACACCACGAUGUUUACGCUUAAAUGAAAGCUGCUGACCCAAAAUACUGUACAGGAAUUAUGGCGAUAAAAACGGGAGUAAGUCAUUCCAACAACAAAGAAAGAUGUUCUGCAGGAAAUUUGGAUGACCUUCCAUGAAAGUAUUGCAAAUCAAGGUACGCAGACUUAAGCUGUUUGGAUGUUCAUUGAAACUUCUGGCGAAUGUGCAAUUCACUUCGACUAGGAAGCGAAGUGUGUAACUGAUACCGGCUAGCUAUUUCACCAAUUUGAAGAAGAAGGAGCACAAAUGUUUAAAAAAGUCUACAGUCUUUAUUCUGCAUUUUACCCCAGUCUGCGUUUUACUCUUAGUCUGCAGUCUGCAUUUUACACUCAGUCUGCAUUUUACCCCUGGUCCGCAGUCUGCAGUCUGCAGUCCGCAGUCUGCGUUUUACACUGACCGAUAUUGCUACUCCCCCGCUCCUGGGUAAGAUGCUAGUCUACUGCAGGGUGACCCUCAGUAGUAUGUCACCAGUUCCCACUGCAGCAUGCAAUGCCCAGGAGUAUCACUAGUCCCUCUUGUACAGAAUACCAGUUCACUACUACUCAGUGGUAUGUCACCAGGGGCCAGUUUCUCGAACGUCCCGGUAACGUUUCGGGCCUGUAAUCAAAUUUUCAAAUCAAUAUAAAGAGUAAGACCGCAGGUCCUGGCUAGCAAACUGCUCCAUUUUAUUUCAUUAACUGAUGGUUUUAUCAUGUUAGAUGCAAAACUAUUGAAAACUCUAUUUUGCAUGAAAACAACAACAGCUUUACGUGCCCGUUAAUUAUCGGGACUUUCGAGAAACGGGCCUCAGUUUCCAUGACAGUUUAUUUCUGUUUCUGUAACAUGAAAUUCAUAGGAGUAUUGCUACUUCCCCUUGGAGAGGAUAUUAGUCUACUGCGUGGUAACCCUCAGUAGUAUGACACCACUUCCCACCAAUAUACUCUGGUGAAGAGGUUCAUACAGUAGUGAGGCAAAGUUAUAAGUAUACAAUGAUGAUGUCUUUCUAAGCUAUUAACACGUAACUUCCUUUUUUUCAGCUUGCUCAGUAUUAUUAGCUGGUGACGACGUAGGAUCUGUGUGGCUUUAUGACGUAGAUCGCUGCUUAUUAGAAGCCAAAAGCAAAGAAAGCCAGCAACUUAAACAGUCGCAGGUAAAUAUUAACGUUUCCUAGCUCCAGUAUAGUUUGACUUCAAAAUAGGUUUGGUAUAUUUUCUGAAACUCAACUUGUUAAUAACACGUCUUGGAAAACAUUUUUUAUUCGAUCCUUGCUACGUCCCCCAGCCUCCCUACUCCACUAAAAAAAUGGUUAAGUUGAGCAUUUUUCGACCAGUGUGACUCACGCCUUCCACAAGGGUGUUUUUUGGCUUUUUUUUUAUGGUAGGGCUUUUUUACUGCAGCUUAUUUGGUAAAUUACUGGGUCAUGAUUGUUAUUGUGACCGUGAGUUUGAUAAAGUCGUUGCUUCUGUUUUGAAAAUCUUGAGUGGGCUUGUAAUUUCUUUAUUCCAUCAAACAGUUCUAAACUUUUCCCACCUUUUAUAAUACUCAUUCGGAACAAAUGUUUGUGAAAUUCUGAAACUUUUAAGUGAACCUUUAUAACAUAGUUAAAGAAACUUUAGAAUUUAGCCUGUGGAGUGUGCAUAUACUCCAGGCAUCGUUAAAUCAAGUUACCGAUUGUAACAUCUGCUUUCCAGGUUCUUUGCUGUCCAAACGAGACGACCAAGGUGUUUAAUCAAGUUAGCGCCAGCAGUAAUCUGGAUUACAUAGUCGCUGUAGCUGACACCAAUGUAGUAUGUAUAUGGAAAAGACUUAGAAUCGAGGAUGGAAGUUGA